AUGUUGGGUAAAAUUUCUGAGAAGCAAGGGAAGGCACCGCAGACCAUAUUGCAGAAGUAUCUCGAGGCAAGUAAGCAUCUCCAUCAGAUCCAAGCCAAGUAUCCGGUGAAGAUAAAUUACAACAGCCCGCAAGAAUAUUCAGUGGAAGCCCUAGAAAUGUACUACCGUGCUCAUGCAUACAUGCUGAAGUACUUACUGCAGAGAGAAGCUGGCAAACGGACGCCAUUUGCCAGUUGCCAGGAAAAGAAGAAGUCCAGUGACGACGUGAACGUGACAGUAGUUGAAGGAGAAGCUGGACAGGACAAAGCCAAGGAGCCAGCUGCCAUGGAAGCAUCUGACAAAGAGGGAGAGUCGAGGAAGAGGCCCUUAGAGGAAGAUGGUUCUGCUAAUGAACCGCCUGCCAAGAAGAUGCUAAGUGGACAGGAAUCUGAGGAAGUGAGAUCUGUCAUAAAAGAAGUGGUCAAUGAUAUAAUUAGCGAUGCUGCUGCCAAGUCGGACGAUGCUAAAAAGGAAGAUGAAAGCAAGAAAGAAGGGGCAGUGAAUGGCCAGGAUGGAAAUAAAGACAGUAAAGAGGCAUCAGAGAAGACAGAAAUGGAAAAUGGCGAGGUUAAGGCAACAAAACCAAAGGAUAUGAAAGAAAGUGACGAUGAGAUCCUUGUGGUGGAAGAGAAAGUGAUUGAGAAGAAGGACCACCUGACGGUCAUAUCUCGAUGCCUGGCUGCACUAAAACUGUGCCUUUCUAGAUUCCCUCAGCACUACAAGGCUCUUUACCGCCUGGCUCAGUAUUACCACACAUCAAAAUUCCAUAAGGAUUCAGGCCGAGCACGCAAUUAUUUACUCGGCUGCGAAUUCUGGCAGCGAGUUGGAUACAUGCCUGUGAAUGGGUUGUUCAACGAGCGCAAAGUGUGGAUCCAGCAGCCAAAGAACUCCAACUUGUUCCAUGGGAUCUGGCGCAUCCCCAACGACGAGGUGGAUCGGCCGGGGAGCUUUGCCGCCCACAUGUAUCGGUGCGUGUCAAUUACCCUCGAUAUUUUACCGCAGAUGAAAGAUUUCUUCACCAUUCUGGAAAUCGCGCUGGCCUUGAAGAAUUCGCCGGACAAAGACAAGAAAUACUUGAGAGACAACGAGCGGGAACUCCUCUCGGAACACGCGACGCAGGUGGGAUUGCAAGCCAUGAAAGACAAGUACAAAGUGCUAUUCCAAGGAGCGUCGCCCGUGCACGGAAAUCGUCGCAUGGCCUUCCUUUUGGAUGUCUAUCGAGGCUACAAGCAAAUAAGCAAGCACCUGCAAGGUUCAGAACCUCACCUGGCUAAGAUGCUUUCAGAGGCGUAUGUCGCAUAUAGAGGGUUGAAAGCAGAUGGCGUGCAAAUAUACUGA